AUGGAAACAGUAUUAAGUGUUCAGAUUGAAGAAUUGACUAGGCUUCAGGAAGAGGAGCAUUCCAAACUCGGAAGCUUGCUGCAAGAUAAUGAAGUGCUUCUUUCCAAGGUCAACCAAUGUGAAGAGGAAUUAGAUUGUUUGCAAAGAAAGAAGAGAAUGCUCUCAUUCGAUAAUCAAACCUCUCAAAAUCGGUUGGAUUCACUUGAAGAAAGCAUUUCAUUCAUGGAAAAGGACAUUGAUGAGCAUCUAAAGCGGAUUGUUAUCAACCACGGAAGAAGAGAACAAAAGGAACAACAAAAGAAGGAAUUCGUAUCAUUGAUGGAAGAUGAAAUUGCCAAGUAUGAACAACAUUUGAAGGAAAUCAAUUUGUACUACUAUGAGGGAUCUGAUGAAGGACUUGAAAUUCAGCGUUUGAAAGAACAUAUUGAAAAUAUACAGCAAGAAAUUGCCUCCAUUGAGAAAUCCAUAAACAUCGAAGAGAAACGACAAGACGCACUCCAAAAAGAGAUGGACUCUCUCUCACGCAGUAUUGAAGAAGAAGUGAAACGUCAGGAGGAUAUUGAAAAGUCUUGGCAACAGAAAGAACAACAGGAAAAACAGAUCCGUUCCAAACUCGAAUUUCACCAAGGUUCAAUGGCUACCAAGGAGAAGGAAAAGGCAGACCUUGAGAGUUCCAUCAUGUCCAUGCAGGAAGAAUUGCAGCUUCUCACUCAGGAAACGAAUCAGCAAAUUCAAAAAAGAGAAGCGCUCAGUAAGAGAUUGAAGGGCCUAUAA